AUGGCAGCGCCUUUCCAAUUCAAUUUCGCGCCAUCACAAAACAAAUCGACCACCCAACCAGCCUUUACUUUCUCUCAAGUACAACAGCCUGCCGCUUCACAGCAGCCACAGCAGCAAACAUCUACGAACAUCUCUUCCACGGCGAUCGACCUCGAACACCUCCGACCCACCACGAAAUACGACGCAGCACAUCCAGAUAUUCAGCGAGUGAUUGAAGGCUUAGAUACUGCGAUCCUCAACCAGAUACAACUCGCAGGCCAGAUACCAGACAUAAUACGGAAGCUGGAAGAGCUCGGGCAGAAUCUGCCUGCCGGAUUGGAUCUGGUGUCCGCCCAGCUCGAGCACCUGACAAACGGUCUCGAGAACGAUGCCGAAGCGGUCGUGGCUGUUAGAGACGGCACGCUGAAGAAGGGAGAAGGCGAAGCAAAAUGCGUGUUCCGCGCAGUGGACAGACUGAAAGUACCGCGGCAGUAUCAAGUGGGUCACAAGCAGAAUGAGAGCAUCAAUGGAGGAGUGUAUGGCGGGAGCGGACUCAGCGGGUGGUGGAACAAUCCGCAGACACUGAAGUCGAGCACGAAGGCAGACACGAAAGGAGAGACGAUGCAGUUACCGGGCGAGGAUGUUGAUGACAGUGGGCCGAAAAAUCUGGUGGAAAUGUUCAAUAACCGGGCGGGCGAGAUGGCGGGGCUAAUGAGUAGCAAUCGCGAGCUGUUGGCGGAGAUCGAAGACUUCGUGGGUGGACUGGAAGACAAGAUCCGGAGUAAGGAGAGACAAUUGAACGACAGGAUGAAUCUGGGUGUUGAGAAUGGUCAGAAUGUGGGCGAGACAGAGCAUCAAUUACAGCUGCUCAAGUACGUCUUUGGGGAGGUCGAUCGAGGCAUGUACGAAGUCGCCGGCAAGGUUGGUGCUGCGAGAGACGACGUUCUGGAGCUUGGGAGGUCUAGGAUAUGA